CUUAAAGGCAUAGAUGCGGUUUGCAUAACGAUUAUAUAACCUCCGAAUGAAAUUGGCUAGCUAGUGUGGUUUAGUAACGGAAAGUUUUCUUCUCCUGACGUCUGACUCUUGCAAUCAGGCGCUCCGGUUUGCAAAGUUAGGGAGGCAGAAAGGACAUUAUUAAGAAGACAGGAAGUUUGGACAAUUGCAUAUCUGUACCACCACGGUACCGAUUUUACAGGCACUUUCUUCAAGAAAGCCGGAGAAAUGUCUUUGAGAGGCAAGAGAAGAGGCCAAGCGGCCUUGACAGUUACACAAGAACCUGAUUUUAAAGUGGCCAAAUCGGAGCUCCGGACGGAGAGGGAGGAACCCAGACUGCCAAAAGCGGAGAUGAAAAGCCUUGCACCGAGAAAUGUUGGGGAAAGCUCCAAGGUUGAAGUCUGUGCUGAUCAGGACGGAAGCCAGAAAGUCUACACCCAUUGGCUUUUGAAAUCUGAACCUGAAAGCAGGUUUGAGAAGGGAGUGGAUGUGAAAUUUAGCAUUGAAGACUUGAAAGGCGAACCCAAUCAGACAACAGGCUGGGAUGGAAUCAGGAAUUAUCAGGCACGGAAAUUCCUGAGGGAUAUGAAAGUUGGCCAGGAGGCCUUCUUCUACCACAGUAACUGUAAGGAGCCUGGGAUUGCUGGCAUCAUCAAGAUAGUCAAGGAGGCCUAUCCGGAUCACACCCAGUUUGAAAAAAACGAUCCUCAUUAUGAUGCUUCCAGUACCAAAGAGAAACCCAAAUGGUCCAUGGUUGAUGUCCAGUUUGUGCGCAUGACCAAGCGGUUCAUCCCUCUGGCCGAGCUGAAAGUUCACCACCAGGCGCACCAAACCUCAGGAGGGCCCCUAAAAGACGUGACUCUCUUCAUCAGGCAGAGGCUCUCUGUUCAGCCGCUGACUGAAGAGCAAUUUGCAUUCAUUUUGAGCCUGGAAGAGGAAAAAGCACGUUGAGAGAGAUGCACUGAAUCGCUUCAGCUUUGGCUCAGCUGCUGCUAAAGAAACCAGUUUGCUCCUGUACAACAUUGUGUGGUUUUAAGUGGCUGGAGAGAAGUUCAAAAUCUACCAAAGCACGGUUAGCUACAUCCACUACUGGUGGCCUUGUUUUGUUUUUAAAUAAGUGACAUUUAAAUAUAUGUACCUAUUGUUACCUAGAUAGAA